AUGCCGAGGGAUCGGAGGCCGCGGUUGGCGAAGUUGUCGAUGACGGCGUGGGCCUUCUUCAGUUUUGACCUGUUGGAAGUGGCCGACGUUAUUGGUGCUAUCGACAAGAUGAGCGGCCUUGCCGAAGAACGUGCCGGCCAUGAGAGCGGCCGCGGCAUUUCCGGCGUUGUUUUCCUCGAUGAAGCUUAUAGUCGAGUUGAUGAUGAGCAACACGACUAUGCCGACAAAGUCCUGCCAGUCCGGAGGCUUUCCCUAAAUGAUUAUGUUUCUACGUACCCCGCCAUUAGCCAAGACGAUGGCCAUGAUAGCGGCGGACUCCAUGACCCACGAGAGAGGGUUCCACAUGAAGCCGAGGAACUUGAGGAAUUUGCUCUCCUUUUUCUCCUCGAGCUUGUUGGGCCCGAAGAUCUCGAGCCUUUUGUUACCUUCAUCGCUCGUCAGCCCUUCUCUCGAACAUUUCAAAGCCGUGAAAACUUCCUCGAUUGGAAUGUUCUCCUGCAAAACAACACCACAUGA